GGACGGUUUCAGCGGCCGCUUUUCACACCUACUCAUUCUAGCCACCCUAGAGUGGCAGCAAUGCAAUUCCAGUCGCGCAUGUUAAUUUGAUACUGAGCGGAAGGGGACCAAACAAGUGAUGCAUAUUCAAGGUGCGGUCAGACGAAAGUAAGUAGCCUGUCAAGCACUGCUUGUAUUUGUCCCAUGACUCGGCACAGAUGCUCUUGUGGAGGACCGCUUUCAACUUUAGAAUCUUCUGGCUACAUUAGGGACUGGUCAUGCGGCUUCGUAAAACCAUGAAGUAUAGCUCCAACUUUUGGUUAAAUCGUUGCCAAUUCUUGCCCAUAUCACCUGUCUGUGGUCCGGGAGGCUUGAGCACCACCACGUUUCUUCUCGGGGUCCUGCUCCUGCUUGAAGCUGACAUGUUGUUGUGUGGCCGUCAGCGUGUGGUCACUCGGCUGCGACUGCUGCAACAUCGUGUACUGUCCACUAACCCUGAGCUCUUGGCAUUGUGCAACAGUUAUCCUGCACUGCGUGGUCGCAAGGCAGGCCAGCCUGAUGAUCUCUUCCAUGUGCACUCUGCUGCACUGGACUUGCUGGAGGAGCACCUGGUCCACUGGCCUGGGGGCUGCCCACCUGUGGUGUUAGAGGCCAACGCUGGGCCUGGCUUGCUGAGUCGACGCCUGGUUGAAGCAGGCCGCAUCACGUCAUGUGUGCGCAUGUUUGAGCACCGUCAAUGCUUCCUGCCCGAGCUCAGGGCUCAGGUGGCUGCAUGGCCAACGCGCUUGGAGUUGGUGGAGGCAGACCUGCUGCGAAUGCACAACCGAGAGGGGCAGUUGCUGGCUGGUAUCACGCCACGCCCCUGGACGCAUGCUCCCGAGGCCGUGCUGGUGGCGAGCCUCUCCCGAGUGCGCGAGGUGGGCUUCCUGCGCUACGUGCUGCACCAGCUACCCAUGGGGACCUCCCUGUUUGCCUUGGGUCGGCUGGCCUUCCUGCUGUUUCUCAGCCACAUCGAGGCUGCGCACAUCACGGCAUCCCGAGGCAUUAACUUCAGGCACUAUCGAGAUGUCAGCAUUCUCUAUCAGCUCUUCUUUCAUGUUGAUGUGCUUGGCCAGGUAUCGCGUGAACUUUUCCUGCCCGCCCGUGGAGCAAAAACUCAGGCUCCGUUGCAUUUGUUGCGGUUAGUGCCACGCAGUGACCUCUGGAAUUUGGCAGGCGGCCCCGAGCGGCUUCACGAACUGGUGUUCUUUGUGCGCCAGAACAUGGUGCGCCGCACCGCUUAUGUGCUGCCUUGUCUCGAGAAGUGGAUACCCGGGUGUGGGCCACGGCUGCUCCGUGAAGGAGCCACGCGGGUCUUUGAGCGCAUGGGUGAUCUGAGCCCUGAGCGCAUGCUGCGGCUCUUCCAGCUCUUCUCGGCACUGCCCGAGUACACCCAGUCUGCGUUCACCGCUGCAGUGGCCAGAGAGGGCUCCUGACACCUUCAUCAUGGGUGCAUUCUGUGGACAAAGAGGAGUUUCAAGCUACACGCCUGUCUUGUCAUAUUCGCUCGUUGGUACGAUAAAGUAGUGCAAUAAUUUAUUGAUAUAUCUUUCUCUGUAUAUGAGCUGUGUGGUUCAAGUCAUCUGACUGACUAUAGAAUCUCUCCAACUCAAAUAAAAAGGCGAGCAAAAGUA